UGUGGGAUUAGCCGGGAGAACAGGCUGCCUGCCUUGUGUCAGGAUGCGCCGCGAGUGAUGGCGAGUUGCAGAGCGGUCUCUGGGAAGAGGACCACACCGCUCAACCUGGUCACCGGCUUCUUUCAGUGCGUACAUGAUGAGCAGGAGGCUGUGCAAAAGAGAACGUUCACCAAAUGGAUCAAUUCUCACUUGUCCAAGCGUAAUCCCCCGAUUAUCGUUCAUGAUCUCUUUGAAGACAUCAAGGAUGGAGUGAUGCUACUAGCAUUGCUGGAGGUUCUAUCGGGACAGAAACUGCCUGUUGAACAGGGCCGCAAGUUGAAACGCAUUCACUGGGUGAACAACAUCGGAAGAGCCUUGCAGUUCCUGGAGGGUCGGCGGUCCAUGGGCCGAGGAUCACCGAUUAAACUGGUCAACAUCAACUCCACGGAUAUCGUUGAUGGAAAGCCAUCCAUUGUCCUGGGCUUGGUUUGGACCAUCAUUUUAUACUUCCAGAUCGAGGAGCUCACCAGUAACCUGACGCUGCUCUCGUCGUUGUCCAGCAGCGCCUCGUCCGUGGAGAGCACGGCCUACUCCGAGACAGGCAGCCCCCCGACCAAGCGGAAAGUGGUCACCAACUUCAAGGGAGGCGCCAAGAAGGCUCUCCUGAAAUGGGUGCACUACACAGCAGGGAAGCGUUUGGGCAUUGAAGUGAAGGACUUUGGCCAGAGCUGGAGGAGUGGCAUCGUCUUUCAUUCCGUCAUUCACGCCAUCCGUCCCGACUUGACCGACUUGGAGAAGGUCAGGAACCAGUCGAACAGGGAGAACCUGGAGAGUGCGUUCACCAUCGCUGAGGUUCAGCUUGGGAUUCCGAGACUCCUGGAUCCCGAAGACGUUGAUGUUGACAAACCAGAUGAGAAGUCCAUCAUGACCUACGUUGCCCAGUUCCUGAAGCAUUGUCCAGAUCCACAGGAGGUAGAGAAUGAACCUCCGGACGAAGAGCGGGAGGGGAGACGGAUGCUGAGAGAUGCAAAAGCCUGGCUGGAGCAGUUUGAGAGGGAGCUCACAAGGGCUCAGAUGAUGGACGCAGGACUGCAGGAGCGAUAUCAGCUCUUCAGAUCGUUUCGAGGCCAGUACGAAAUGAAAAUUAAACACGUGAAGGCCCUCAUUCAGCCUGCACAAAGUAACGGGAAACUAACGAUGGAUCAGGUCACGGUCAAACAAAUGUGGGACAGAGUGACAAUGAGAUGUAUGGAUUGGCACGUGGUGCUGGACAAGUCGUUGCCAGGGCCGCUGGGCACCAUCGGAGCCUGGCUGCACAGAGUGGAGGCGAUCCUUGGGGAGGAGAUCGUCAUUCAGCAGGCACACGACGAAACGGCCAACAUCAUCCACAGGAAGUUGGAGCAACACAAGGAUGUAAUCAAAGCUUUGGAAAGUCACCAACAGAUAUUCCACCAGAUCUACAGGGCAGGAUCUGUGAAUGGGAUUCCCAUCCCGAUUGAACAGCUGGAAGACGUGGCAGAGCGCUUUAGUUUCAUUACCUUGGGAUCCAAGCACCACUUAACCAGACUGGACUUUCUGGAGUUGAAGUAUCGUCUGCUGGCGUUCCUGGUGCUUGCAGAAACCAAACUCAAAUCAUGGAUCAUCAAAUACGGCCGGAGGGAUUGUGUUCAAGUUCUCCUACAAAAUUACAUCUCAUUUGUUGAGGGCAACGAGUUUUUUGGACGUUACGAAGUCACCUUCCAGUCUCUGAAACAGGCGGCUGAUGCAUACUUAGAAGUCGAGGAUUCAGCUGAGGAGCGGGAGAGCGCCAACAAGUUCCUGACCGACUCGAUGGUCCAAUGGCGGAACCUGUCGGUGGAGGUGCGGAGCGUCAAGUCCAUGCUGGAGGAAGUGAUCGCCAACUGGAACAAGUACAACGGCACAGUCGAAGACCUUCAGGCUUGGCUGGAAGAUGCAGAGAAGAUGUUGAAUCAACCGGAACUUGCAAAGAAGGACUUCUUCCGUCACCUCCCGCACUGGAUCCAGCAGCACUCUGUCAUGAACGACGCUGGGAAUUUCCUGAUCGAGACGUGCGAUGAACUGGUCUCUCGGGAUCUCAAGCAGCAGCUGCUCUUGCUCAACGGGCGUUGGAGGGAGCUCUUCGUCAAAGUGAAACACUAUGCACGGGCAGACGAAGUGGACAGGCUCAAGAAGGAAUAUCUGGAUGGCGUGACUACCCUGAAGAGCUUUGUGGACUCGGCCAACGAGAAGCAGGUCUCCCCCGUGGACGUCUCUUUCCUCAACGUCAAGACUUACAUUCAGGACAUGGAGGUUACAAAGCAAAAAGUGCCAAUCAUGGAAGCACAGUACAAAGUGGUUUCCAAGACAGCCCAACAGUUAACGAAGGACACACCCCAGGAUGAAGUGACACAGAUGCUUGCCACAAUGUCGACCAUUAAAGAUCAGCUGAUAAAGGUUCGGGAGCGUUGCCAGUGCUUGCUGUUGGAAGCUCACCAGCUGCUGGGACCUAUCGACGAGCUGGAGAAGCAAAUCACCAGGUUCUACGAGGCAACAAACAGGGCGAAUCAGAUCACCUCGGCCGGCAACACAGACGGCAGCUCAGCUGAUAGCCUCAAGAUGGGACAUCAGGAACUAACAGCGUGUCAAGAGCGAUGCAAAAAGGCGGUCUCUGAAGCAGAGUGGAACUUGCAGACAGUCCAGAAGCUGAUCAACUCCAGCAAGGUGAUGAUGCACCUGGAUUCAUCUCUGCUACAGAAGAAACUCCUCCAGAUUCAAGCUGCGUAUCAGGACAUGUUGGAGAAAGGAGCUACAUGGAGGAAGCACAUGGAGACAAACAGCAACCUGCUGAAGAGAUUCGAGGACUGCAGGAAGGAGCUGGAGCUGGUGCUACAUUCUGCUCAGACCGCCCUGAUAGAAGAGGGGAACCCCGAGCGGCUACUAGCAAGGCACACGGAUUUCUUCAACCAGUUUGAUCAGGGAAUCCUCAAUGCCUUUCUGAAGGCCUGUGAUGAGCUGACAGACAUCCUUCCUGAACAGGAGCAGGAAGGCCUCCAGGAGACGGUGCGAAGCCUGCACAAGCAGUGGAAGGACCUUCAGGCCGAAGCUCCCUACCAUUUGCUCCAGCUUCAGAUCGAGGCAGCAAGGAAUAAACUGGUGGAGAUGAUGGAAGAAUGCAAAUCCGAACUAACUCGGGAGAAGAUGCUGCUAACCAGCGAGAGCAGUGAAGAGCUCAUUGUACAACACAGGGAAUUUUUCUCAGACAAAGGCAAGUUCGAGUGGUGCAGGAAGCGGGGCAAAGUGAUCGGCGAACUCUGUCAGAAACUUCCGGAAACUCGGAAUUACGACGCGAUCAGGACAAAACACGAAAUGGACAAAACGACCCUGAGAGAUUUGAAAGGACUGAUUGACGUCACGUACCAGCAGUUACUCGAACAGCCGGACAAGUGGAGGGAGUUUGAGACAAGAUCUCAUCAAUUGUCAACCUGGUUUCUGGCAAAGGACAAACAGCUAACGGAGAUCAAAUGUGGAACCACCGAUCCUAAAAUGUACUGCGAUUUGAAAACUACAUUGGAGGAAAUUAAGGAAGAGGCCAGCAAAGAGGAGCCCAGCCUGGCAUGGUUACGAUCCAGACUUGCUGCACUGACGGCUGUCUCUUCUGAGAAUGAAGCUACAAGAAAGGAAGGUGAACUGUCCAAGUUGUCGGAUGCAUUCAAGAGGCUCCUGUUGCAGAUUGCUGAGUCUGAUAAAAUGCUGUCUGCUGUGGAUGAAUGCAUCCAGCACAAAGACGGUGUGACGAGUGCCUUGGGGGAGCUUGCCGACUCGCAGACGCAGCUGCGGACUGAGGAGGAGACGGUGUUAAACUCAGAGAGUCUGGAGGAAGCUCAGCGCUGCCACCUCCACCAUCAGCAACAAGUGAAGCAGUGGACGGUGAAGAGAUUUGAUGUGCAGCAGCAGUUUGCUCGUGGCAGAGAGUUGCAUGGAGUAGCUGACCUGACCGAGUCCAGCCUGCAGGAACUGCAAAGCCAGGAGGCUGCCCUCAAUGCAAUGGAGGAAGCAGUGGAUGAACAGCAGAAGAAAAUUGAGGAGACACUGAUGGAGUGGCAGCGUUUUGAGGAGGAGAAGGGGCAAGUGAUGGAAUUCCUGGCUCAUGCUGCCACAAAGGUGGAUUGCAAUCACCUGUUCAGCAGCCUGGAGAGCCUCAGCUCGGAGCUGGAUCAAAUGAAGGUACUCUGCAAGGACGGUGAAAUGAAGGCAAUUCAGGCUGAGCGCCUAUUACACAAAUCUGAAGACAUAAAGCUUGGUCCAAGGAGUAAGAGCACCCUGAAACAACAAAGCAGAGAGAUGAGAGAGAAAGCUGAUGAUGUACAGGAGACGCUGAGGAAACAUGUGAAGCAGUUGGAAGAGACCCAGAGUGUGUGGGAGAAGCUGCUGGCAACGUGUGAGAGUUUGGGGCACUGGAUGACAGAGGAACAGAAAGGGCUGAAAGGCGUGGAGGAUUUGUCUGUCCCACUGAAUGAGAAACUCUCCAAAGUUAAGCAUAUUCUUCAAGCAGUUCUUGGUAAGUCAAAAGAACUUAAGAGCUUGGACGAAGAGUACCAGAAGCUGGGCCAGUUUAUCACCUCUGGCGAGGUUGCCCGGGUGAAGGCUCGGUCGACCCAACUGACCAGGCAGUGGGAGGACCUCCAUCAGCAAAGCCUUGAGGUGGACGGUAAACUGGAGAACCAAGUCUCCCUGCAGCAGAAGUAUGAAGUGGACUUCAAACAGGUCCAGCAGACACUGAUGGACAUGGAGUCUACAAUGAAAGGCAAGACCAAUAAGUGUUCCUCGGCAUCUGAGGCUAAGCAGCUAUUGCAGACACACCUGAAAUUCUGCCAAACGAUUGACCAGACGAGAAACCAAAUGGUGUCCCUCUCGACCAGUGCCCGCAGGGUCACCAAUGCGGACCAAGCCACUCAGCAACUGGGUGACUUGCAGGAAAACCUCGAGGAUCUGCAGGUUCGGGCCAAGAAGAGGGAGGAACAGCUGGAACAUAGGUUGUCUCUCUGGCACAAGUACGAGAAAGACCUGUCCAGCUUCAGUUCUUGGCUUGAAAAACAUGAAGCAAUUACAGGAGUAUGGUCGCCCUGCAUCUCCGCUGACCAAGCUGAGCUGCAAAACGAAGUGCUGACUCUGAAGGACUUACAGGCUGAGGUGACAUCCCAAGAGUCAGCCCUCAGGAGUCUGGUGGUGCAGAGCAAAGCCUUGUACCCCGUCACCACAGAGGACAGUCUGAAGGCGAUGAAAACAAAUCUGCAGCAGCUCGACAAGAGGUGGCAGAGCCUGUCCCACAGCAUCAAAAAACGCAUCCGGACCUUUGAGGAGGCAAUCGAGAAGCACCAGCAGUUUGACCAGUCUCUGCAAAAGUUCUCUUUCUGGGUCGAUCGCUUUCAGAGUGGCCUGCAGUCAACCUCGGAGAUCAAUCCCGCAGAUCUGCAGCCAGCUUUCAAUCACUUAAAGGACCAGUCAGGAGCCGUGGAGCAGCAACGUGCCGAGCAGCAAAGCCUAAGGGACCAGGUGGAGCAGCUGUGCCCGGCAACCAGCGGGCCCCAGGAUCAGCGUCUCCACGGCAGGACCGAGGAGUGCUUCCAACUCUUCCAGGAAGCCAACGAGGUGGUCGAGCGAAGGAACGAGGUCCUGGGACAGCUGGCCUCGUUCCUGGAGACCCACAGAGUGGCAGAGAACGUGCUCCACCGGAUUACAAAGACGGUCGAGACAGCCAGCAACUGGGACCGGGUGAAGACGGAGCUGUUGGACAAGGAGCUGGGUGACGUGACUCCCGAUAUUAAGCAACUGGAGUUGCAGGCUACGGCCCUUGAUGCCCUCAUCAGUAAAGCCCAGUGCCAUCUGAAGACCUCGGGAGCAGACCCGAGAACCUCGUGUCGAUCGUUGGCCGAGGGACUAGAGGCGGAACUGGACGCUGCUCAGAGACUCCUGGGGACCAAGCAGAGUGAGGCUGAGGCACUUAACUCCCUGUGGAGAUCAUUUAAAGAGCGCAAGGAGCAGUUGCUGAAGACCAUCGAGGACAUAGAAGAAAAGGCGGACCACCAGGGUUUAAAAGAAUUGACUGUACCAGCCUUGCAACUCAGGCUGCGGAUGUUCAGUCACCUGGAGGAAGAUCUGAGCUCUCAGCAGCACGAGCUGCAUCGUCUGACGGACAAAGCUAAACAACUUGCCGAGAGGGAUAAAUCGCUCGCUGCAGAAGCUGAGAAGGAAAUUCACUUAGUGCAAGUGACCUGGAAUGACGCCAAAAAGUUGAUCAAUGACGUUCAGGAUCAAGGCAGCUGCCUGGUUACCCUGAUGAGGGAUUAUCAGAGCUCCAAGUCUGCUCUUCUCAAAGUGGUGGAAAACUCAGAAGCUGUAGCUGUGAUCAAGUCAAGUCUGCUGGAUCAAGAAGACUUAAGGAGAACAUUAUCCAGGCAUGAGGUGGCGAAGUGCGAGUUAAGUGCGAGUCAGGAGCAAUUGGAUGGAUUCACAUCGAAAGGCAAACAGCUGCUGGCUGAACUGAAGAAAAUUCACGGCUGCAACCCAGGGCCCCUAAGGCAGGACCUGGACAAUAUCUUGGACCAGUGGCUGGAUAUAUCAGAGAGACUGGAUGGCAACAUUGAAAGGCUAAGUACGAGCCUUGCACUGUGGGAGGACGUGAUCGGCAUCGGCGAUGAGGUAGACACUUGGUCCAAAGGUUGCGUAUCCGAACUGAAUGAAAUGACUGGCAACUUGAACGACAGCCAGAGACUGGAAAGCAGAUUGCUCGAGUUCCAGUCUGAGGUCCAAAGCAAAGGGGAGAAGCUGAAGUGCCUGCGAUCUAAAAUCAGUGAACUGAUUAAGGUAGCCAAAUGUCAGGAGGCUCCACCUGUACUUCAGGCAGUGGAAGCUGAUUCCCAGAGGAAGUUGGACCAUGCGCAGGAAGUAUCUGAGGUGGCAAAGGAGACACUGAAGGAUUUUCGGGUCCAGAAGAAUCAGAUGGAGAGCUACAUCCAGGAUCUCAGUGAGUGGCUGCGCACAGUGGAGCACUCACUCGCUGCCUGUGCCGGCAGCCAGGAUCUCAAUGACCUGAGGAAAGUGAAGGAACUGGACUUGGAGCUGGUCAACCAGCAAGGCAGGAUCGACGCUGCCCGAGAGAACCUCAAUGGCCUCUGUAGGAGGUACCACUCCACGGAGCUGGAGGGGUUGGGCGGCUGGGUCACCGGGCUGAUCAAACAGUACGAGUCUGUCAACCAACUGUCCUCCAAAACCCAAGGCAGGCUCCAGGAGGCGCUGGAGCAGCACGUCAAUGGUAUUCUGCAGGAGUUUCAGCUCUGGCUGUGUGAGGCCAGAGCAUCAGUGAAGGACUGUGGUGACCAGGCAGGAGAUGUGCACAGAGUCGAGGAGAAGCUGCGGCAACUCAAGAAACUCCUGAGUAGGGCCAGCACGGGACAGGACAAACUGGAUGCGGCCGUGGCAGAAGGGGACAAACUAGUGCCGCACUUGUCCAAGCCCAGUGCUUCUCAGCUUCAGCAGCAGCUUGUCAGUAGUCGACAGGAGUGGCACGACUUCCUGAGCCAGUGCCAACACAACAGGAAGGCCCUGGAGGACUGCGUUGAAGAGUUGAAUGGCUUCGAGAGUUGUCAGAAGAAGCUGAGUCUGUGGCUCCAUCAGGCAGAAGAAAGGUUGGCCACGGAAUUCAUCAGAACGAACAAGGGUAACGCUCCCGACUUGCAAGCUGAGCUGGAAAAUAUGGAGGAUUUCUUCGCUGAAAUCCAAGGACGAAGGGAUUCCUGUGAUAACUUGUGCCACAAGGCUCAGUGCCUGAGCGAGCUGGGCUACGGAGAUGGAGGUGGCACCCGCUCAGCCUCUCAGCUGCAGUCCCGACACCAGCUCCUGGCCAAGACGGUGAAGGAGAAGCUGAGAGCUGGCCAGCUGGGUCUGCAGGAACACCAGGCCUUCGAGGAGACCCUGCAGAACACCUGGUCGUGGCUGAGAGAGGUCCAGAGUAAACUCGCCGCUGCGGACAGCACCCUCGGCCACAAAGCCACGCUGGAGAAAAAGCUGCUUCAAGUCCAGGAGAUCCUGCUGAUGAAGGGGGAAGGGGACGUGAAGCUGAACAUGACCAUCGGCAAAGGAGAACAGUCCCUGAAGAGCAGUAACCACGAGGGGCGGAAGGCCAUCCACGGGCAGCUUCAGGCGGUCAAGGAGACGUGGGCCGAGGUGGUCAGUAACUCCGUCAGCUGCCACAGCCGGCUGGAGUGGGCGGUGACACAGUGGAGCAGCUUUGUGGAGAGUAAAGGCCAGCUGCAGGAGUGGAUGGAGAGCGUGGAGCAGGAGAUGAGCCGAGGCCUGGAGCAGCAGAAUGACCUGAAGGACAAGCUGCUGCAGCUGGAGAGACACCAGAGUGUGGUGGCCGACAUCGAGAAGCACUCGGCUGUCCUAAGCCGCUUGGUGGAGAAAGCACAGGAGCUGCUGGAGAAAACUGGCGAUCCGGCGUUCACAGAAGACGCCCUGCUGGAGAUCAGGACCCAGUUUGCUGAUAUUGUCGUGGUUGCCAAGGGCAAAGUCAAGAAGCUGGAGGAGGUGGUGCAGGACCAUCAGAGCUAUCAGAGCGCGGUCCAGGAACUGUCCAACUGGCUGAACUCGGCGAAGGAAGAACUUCACCGCUGGUCGGAUAUCUCGGGGGACUCUUCCACCCUGCAGCGGAAACUGGAGAAAGUCAUGGAGCUGAUCGUUUCCAGACGCAAUGGCGGGGAGCGUUUAAGCAGAGCCGAGUCCCUGGCUGAAGAGGUUGUUCGGCAGACGGGAGCUGGUGGGCGCGAGGCCAUCCGCAGGGAGCUGGAGGCACUGCGGGCUGAGUGGCGGCAGUGGGAAGAGAGCACGGUGCAGGCGCAGAGCUGCCUGGAGACCAUGCUGAGCCAGACCACCAGCUCCGAGCAGGAGUUUGAGGCUCAGGUCGCCCAGCUUAACAGAGACCUGCAGGACUUCAGCGCCAGCCUCGGGGCCUGUUCCCACAGCCUGUCCCAACUGCAGGACAAAACCACCGAUGAAGAAGUCGUGGAAUGUUGGCAGAAGGCAAAGGAGACAGAGGAAGCCCUGAAGGAGGCGGAAAGUGCCAGUGAAUCACUGAAGACUCAACUAAACGACCUCUGCAGAUUUUCCAAGGACUUGAGCUCGCAUUCAGAUAAAGUUUCUUCUUUAAUCAAAGAGUACAAUAGCCUUUGUUUGCAGACGGCCAAGUACUGUCAGAGCAAGGAGAAGGCCCUGGAGCAACGAUUCCGCACCACCUUCAGAGAAUUCCAGCAGUGGAUGAUCAACACCAAAAUCACCACCUGCUUCGAUACGCCGCAAAACAUCGACGAGGCCACGGCAAUAAUCCAGAAACUGCAGGAUUUCCUGUUGGAGAGCGAGGCGUGUCAGGGCAAACUAAACACCCUGAUUUCCAAAGGUGAGCUCCUGAGCCGGAUCCUCAGCAAGGAGAAGGCGGAGGCAAUAAAGGCCAAGGUGACCACAGCCAAGUUGGACUGGAAGAAUCUGCUGGCAAAUCUUCACCAAAAGGAGGCGGCCUUACAGAACCUGCAGUCCCAGAUGAAGGACUUUGAGGCAGGUGUUGGCCCUGUGCAGGAGUGGCUGGUCGCCACAGAAAUGGCCGUACAAGGGAGCAGCGCUCAGCUGCCCGACCUGCUAGCGAAGAAAAACGAACAGUUCAGAUUGCAGUCUAUCCUAGAGGAUAUAGCCUCCCGCGAACCACAGCUAAACAAGCUGAAAGAGAAAGCUCACCACCUGUGGGAAGAGCAAGCGUCUAACAAAAGCUUUACGCACAGAGUGUCUCAGCUGUCCGCUUGGUAUUUAGCCUUGAGUAACUUAGCCAAGGAGAAAGCUUUGAGGGUGCAGCGGACAGUGACGGAACACCAGCAGUUCUCCCAGGGACUGAAGGAGCUCCAGGACUGGUUGGCUGACGCCAGGCACAUGCUGGAAUCCUAUUGCACUCCCACUGCUGAUAAAAACAUGCUGGACAGCCGGAUGGCCAAGGUCGAGGCUCUCCUCGCGCUCAGACAAGAAAAGGAGAUUCAACUGAAGAUGGUGCUGACCCGCGGGGAGUCUGUCCUGAGGAGCACGUCCCCUGAGGGCGCUCCCACCGUCCGCAAGCAAAUGGAGGAUCUGAAAGAUUCCUGGGACUCACUUCUUUCGUUCUCCAUUCAGUGCAAGAGCCAACUGGAAGCAGCAUUAUCCCAGUGGACCAGUUACCAGGAUGAUGUCCGGCAGUUCCUAAGCUGGAUGGAUCGCAUGGAAGGAGACCUAAAGGCUUGUGAACGACAAUGUACAGAACUUAGGGACAAAGCCACAGGACUGGGCAAAGCCAAGUUACUGUAUGAAGACAUCGGGAGUCACAGCCAGCUGCUGGAAACCAUCCAGGCUAAAGGCGAGAGCAUGGCCCAACACUACGUCACGCGUUUGGAGCUGCAAGAACUUCAGGAGCGCUUUCACUCUCUGAGUGACAAGGCAAAGGAGGGGAUGAGGAGAGCGGAGGAACUGGUCCAGCUUCACCAGGAGUAUCAGCAGGGCCUGAGGUUGUUCGAGGAGUGGCUGGAGCAGGAGAAGGAGAAGCUGUAUUGUUGUUCACACAUGGGCAAAGAUGUCGUGACCUUCGAAAAUACACAUCGCGACCUUGAGGACUUGGAGAAGCGAUGCACUGAGGGCCAGACUCUGAUGAAUGCCGCACUGAGAACGCAGGAGAAGGUGAGCCUGCCUGGGUCGAUGUACAUGGAGGACCGCAUUCUCGAGUCUGCUCAGCACGACUGGCACCUGUACCAGCGAAGGCUCGGCGAGGCCAAGGAUAAGGUCCACGCCACCCUGAACGUGCUCACGCGCCUGGAGAAGAUGUUCCAGCAGGUGGACGCGUGGCUGUCUGGCUUAGAGAGCGAGGUGGACAUCCGGACGGGGAGGAAGUCCGACCGAGCCACCAAGGAAGUGCAGAUGGAGCAGCUGCAGAAAUGGAACGAAGAAAUCCUGAGCCGGAAAGAUGAAGUGGAAAGGGUUGGGCUGCUUGCCCACCAAGUUCUGGAGGAGAGUCACAUCAACAGCAGUGUGGGAUGUCAGGCCACCCAACUGGCCACCCGAUACCAGGGCAUUCUGCUUCACGUGGUGGACCAGACCAAAUUACUGAGGGAGGAACUGCGAGCCCUGGAGGAAGCUGAUUCCGCUCUCGGCACCUACACGGGCUGGCUCAGGGCUGCACAGAAGAACUUCAAGAACCUGGCAGUCGCUUUGACGGUGGUGGACAAAGUUGCCAUGGAAAGCAAGAUCAAAAAGUUUGAGACUCUACACAGCAACAUUGAUAUGGGGAACACUUUGCUCAAGAUGAUUCUGGAGAAGAGUGAGCGAGCCAUCGAGUGCCUGGAUGAACCCGGAGCUCAGUGUCUCCGGGAAGCGAUGGAUGGCCACAUUAGCCAACUGAACGAGCUGACCUGCUCCAUCAGGAGAGAGCGUGGAAACCUGGAGAAAUGUCUCUCCCUCACAAAGGAGUUCACCGAUAAGUACCAGAGCCAGACCAAGUGGCUGGCAGACUAUCAGGCUAUCUUACAGAUCCCUGUUGAGCCAAAGGUGGAACUGUAUGAGAAGAAAGCCCAGCUGGCCAAGUACAAGGCCAUCCAGCAGACAGUUGUAUCCCACGAGCCAGGCAUAAGGUUGGUGAUCGAGAGGGGCGAGGCAGUCUUUGAUCUCGUUCAUGACCCCGCCGUCAGUGACAAUCUGAAGAGACUGCUGUCCGACUACCAGGAGCUGUGCUCCACGGUGACGGUCUGCAAGGAGGACCUGGAAGAGAAGGUGAGGGAGCAUGAGGACUACAACAGCAACCUGCAAGAGGUGGAAAAGUGGCUGCUGCAGAUCUCCACCAGGCUGGUGGCCCACGACACCACCCAGAGCACCAACCUAGAGAUGGCAACCCAGCACCUGGCCAGACAUAAGCCGAUAAUGGAGGAGAUUGCCGGUUUUGAACACGCCCUGGCGAGUCUGAGAAACAAAGGAGACAGCCUGAUUGCCAACUGCUCGGAGGGGCUCCAAGGAAAGUUCAAGCACCAAGUCCAAGGACACCUACAGGGGAUCCGGGACAGCUACUCUGCCAUCUGUAGCACAGCUCAGAGGUUGUACCAGAGUCUGGAAUGCGAGCUCCAGAAACAUGUGAGCCACCAGGACACACUGCAGCAGUGCCAGACCUGGCUCCAGACUGUGCAGCAGGAGCUGGACGUCCAAGCUCACCCGCCCACCAGCCCAAAGAAGUCAAUCAAACAGGUGAAACACUACCGGGCUCUGCAGGAGCAGGCGAGCACGUACCUGGAGCUCCUCUGUUGCAUGUGUGACCUGUCCGACGACACCGUCAAGAAGGCAGCAGGAGACAUCCAACACACCAAACAAAUGAUAGAACAGCACCUGGUCAGGUCACAGGAGCUGGCCCUAGGCUGGGAGGAGAUCAAACGACACAAAACGGAGCUCUCCGCGUAUUUCCUGGACAUCGAGCAACAGCUCCAUAGCCUGAAGAGGAGACCCGCAGAACUGGAACUGAAGAUUGCCCAGAACCUGUUGGCCCAAGUGCAGGAUUUGGGCCAUCAACUCCAAUCCAGGCAGGUAAAUAUUACAACACUCACUGAGAAGAUCAGUAACCUGACGGAAGGUCUUGAGUCACCCGAGCACUCAGAGGUUGGCCAUUUGAGCAACCAGUGGUUGGAGUUGUGCCAUCAGAGCAACACCUUGCUCUCCAUGAGGGAGCGGGACCAGCAGUGGGCCAGGGAUUAUCAAGACCGAAUGAGCAUCGUGGAAGUGCUUUUGGACAAGUUCACCAAAGAAUGGGAUGACCUAGGAAGAACGGACGCGGAGAGCACAGCUGAGCUCCUGGAAGCCCUGAAGCAGCUGGCGAGCGCGGUGCAGGCUCAGAGGUUUGUGCUGGAUGACCUGAAGGAGCAGAAGCAGAAGCUGAUGGAGCGCCUGAAUCCUGAGGACAAGGAGCUGAUCAAGGAGCAGACCAGCCACUAUGAGAAACAGUGGGCCCAACUGGAGGAGCUGCUGGAGAGGAAGAUCCAGGUCUCCGUGACCACCCUGGAGGAGCUGAGCCAGUGCCAGUCCAAGCUGGAGGACCUGCUGGACUGGGCCGAGGGUCAGACCCGGCUUAUCUCCGAGGCCCUGCGGUGCAGCCCGCCGGCAGAGCUGGCCCAGACCUUGCUGCUGGACCACAUCGCCAGCUGCAGCGAGCUGGAGUCGCAGCAGCUGGCCCACGGCGCGGCCACGACAGAGGCGGAGAAGAUCCUGGCCCGGUUGGGCCUGGACGAGCGGCAGCGGCUGCAGAAGACGCUGGGCGCCCUGCACGGGAGGAUGGGCUCGCUGAGCGAGGCGGUGGGGCAGCGGAGGAAGUACCUGAGCCGGGCCCUGUCGGACCGCACCCAGUUCCUCAUGGCGCUGGGCCCGGCCGUCGGCUGGAUCCGGCAGACCGAGAUGGCGGCCACCACCCCGGAGCACGUCGCCCUCAUGCCGCUGGACGUCGCCAAGCAGAUCCGGGCCUGCAAGGCCGCCUGUGCCAGCCUGAAAGAGUACCAGGCCGACGUGGCGGCUCUCUGGGCCCAGGGCAGGGAGCUGGCCCGGGAGGCGGCCGAGGAAGAGACGGCAGAAAUAAUGACCCACCUGCAGGAGCUGCAGGCCGCCUACGACUCGGCGGUGCAGAAGAGCGCGCAGCGGCUGCAGGGGCUGGAGAGGAUCCUGGCCUCCAGGAAGUACUUCAAGGCCGACCUGGACAAGGUGUGCCACUGGCUGAAGCAGGCCGACAUCCUGACCUUCCCGCAGACCAGCCUGAUGAGCAGCGACGCGGAGCUGUGUGUCCAGCUGGCCAAGUACCAGCUCCUCCUGGAGCAGUGCCCCGAGUACGAGAACCAGCUCCUCCUGGUGCAGAGGAGCGGCCGGGAACUCCUGCCUUCCCUCAGCGAGGCCGACCACUCCUUCUUGGACGAGAAGCUCAACGCCCUGCCCAAGCAGUUCAACGCCAUCAUCGGCCUGGCCAAGGAGAAGUCGGAGAAGAUCCAAGAGGCCAUCGCGGGCAGGAAAGAGUACAUCUCCCUCAUCGACAUGACCAGCAAGGCUUUGAGCGAGCUGGAGGACCAGCUGGUCCAGAUGGGCAAAAGCAAGCUGAGGCUUUCCUCCGAGGAGGCAGCAUCGGUGCAGGCUGACUACCGCACCCUCCUGGGCGAGGUGGUGGGACUGGGCAAAGCGGUGGACGAGCUGAACCAGAGGAAAGAGACCUUCCGAAGCUCGGGUCAACCCUGGCAGCCCGACGAGAUGGCGGGGCUGGGCAGCCUGUACAACCGGCUGAAGCGCCAGGCCGAGCUGAGGGUGUCCAUGCUGGGAGACACAGUCUCGGCCUACCUGGAGCACGAGGCCACCUCCCGGCAGUUGGAGGCUCAGCUCCAGGCGCUGCAGGAGGGCCUGGCCAAGACCAACCAGGAGACCCUCACCCUCGAGGAGAAGCUGAAGAACUACCACGCCCUGGCCGGAGGCGUGCAGGCCGCCAGCUCCCUUCUGAAGAGGCUGAUCGAGCAAGUGGAACAGUUUUCGCCCGAGCUGGAGAGCAGCGCUCAUGAGGCGAGAAGCCUGCAAAUCCAGGCCUGGAGAGAGGCCCUGGAGACGGCCCAGGGAACAGUCGGCGGGAGGAUAACAGAGUGCGAGGGCAGGCUCGUCCAGAGGAUCGACUUCCAGACCGAGAUCCAGCGCACCCUCGAGUGGCUGCGGAAGAUCAAGGGGGACCUCGGCGUUGCCGCGUACCUGGACGUCAAGCUUCCGAGCAUCCAGGAGGAGAUACGGAAGUCCCAGAUCCUGGAGGAGGAGGUGCAGUCGACUCUUCGGAUCAUGGCGGCGUUGAGCGGCAAGGAGAAGGACAAGUACUCCGAGUCGAAGGAGCUGAUGCCGCCACAGGUGGAGACCAACCUGAGUGAGCUCGCCCAGCUCGAGGCCCAAGUCCAGGAAAUGCUGAGCACCAAGAAGCAGUCCCUCGACAAGGUACAAAGCAUGAUUCUGCAGUACCAAUGGGCAGUUCAGUCUGCUGGUGACUGGUUAGAGGAUGCCAACGCCCUUUUACAGCAAGCGACUGAGGGCUUGGAUGUGGAGGCAUCAGAGGAGACCUUGAGCAGACACACGGAAUUCUUUUCUACAGAAUCCACGUUCGCAAGCCAAAUGGGGCUGCUGGAGCGCCUGGUACCGGACCUACUGCCGUCAAUCAACCCGGCAGGAAGAGAGCAGGUGGAGCAAAGCUUGGCAUCGUUGCGGCAAAGGAAAGGUGACACCGAGCUGGAAGCUCAGGGCCAGCGGAACAUCUUGCAAAGAUGUGUCGCACAGUGGCAAGACUACCAGGAGGCCCGGCAGCAGUUAAUUGCUCUCAUGAACCAGGCAGAAAAGACGUUGUCGGAAUUCUCCACUGCCAAAGCAGCAACUAGCCAUGAAAGUGAAGAGAAGCUGACUCAGCAUAAGUCGUUGCUAUCGGUGGUGAAUUCCUUCCAGGAGAAGAUCACUACCCUGGAGGAGCAAGCCUCGCAGCUGGAGAGCUUGGGCAAUGAUGCCAGCAAGGCCACCAUCAGUAGAUCGAUGACCACUGUGUGGCAGCGCUGGACCCGGCUACGCAGUGUAGCCCGGGAGCAGGAAAAGAUGCUGGAAGAAGCAGCACGCGGAUGGAAGAACCUCACAGAUAAGAUCGAGACAACCACAGUGGUGGUGGACCAGCUGCAGGAUCGACUCCCCGACAGCUCCGUGGAGAAGGCACGGAAGACCGAGCUGCUCGAGCUCCUCGAAUACCACGACGCCUUUGCGCAGGAAGUGGAGCGGGAGCAGUCCACUCUGACCGUGCUCCGACAGCAGGCACUGAACAUGCUGCGAGACGUGGCCAUGCCUUCAACCACGGUGGAGGAUCUCCCCGUCAUGCACGAGAUCAAAGCCAUGCAGGACAGAUAUGACAACGUCCGACAAAAGAUAAGGAAGAGCAAGAAAAUGGUCCAGCAGGAACUGAAGGAGCGGGAGGAGGUGGAGAGCGAAUUAAACGCCAUCAAGCAGUGGCUGCGGGAGACAAAGGAGUAUCUGCAAAACCCAACCACUGAUGCAGUUACAGAGCUCCAGGAGCUGAAGGAACUGCACGGGGAGGUAGCUACUCGACAUCAGACAGUGGAACAGCUGGGAGACAGACAGCGGGAUAAGUACCUGGAAUUAUACACCAUCCUGCCCUCUGAGCUGUCAGAGCAACUGGCUGAGGUCAGGCUAGCCCUUGGAGCCAUUGAGGAACAGGUGAAUGUGAAAGAAGGGGAAGCUGAACAAAUGAAGGCAGUGACCCUGGACUUUAACAGCAGGAUGCAACAGAUCUCCGAUGGGCUGCACGACAUUUCCAGAAAACUAAAAGAGAAAGGAGUAGAUGCCGUACAAGCCAAGAUUGAGCAGGAGAGGCUCUGGGACAGGCUGGACAGCUGCAACGUGAAGCUGGUGGAACUGGAUGCCACCGUGCAGGAUUUCAUGGAGCAGAACCCUCAGCAGAGCAAGCGGCUGAUGGAUGACAUGACUAAACUAUCCAGCCUCUAUCAGCAGGUCUUUCGAGAGACUGAGUACAGAGCCUCCAAACUCAACAAGGCCGCUUCCCAGUUGGAGGAAUUCCACGAAAUGCUGGAGUUUGUACUGAAAUGGGUGGAGAGAGCGAAGCACCUCAGCCACAGCGACAUCGUCUGGGAUUCAGCGGCUCAGCUCAAUGACCAGCUGAUGAUCCACCAGGCUGCUCUCCGUGAAUCCGAGGAAAUCCAGAGCGACCUGCAGGCCAUGAGCGAGAAGCUAGACAGCGUCAGCGACGUGUAUCAGACGGCAGCCAUGUCCCAGCGUGUGAGCAAUCUCCGCCAACAGACCGACGACCUCCAGCAGCUGGUGCGGACCCGGCUACAGAGCCUGCAGGAUGCGGCCAAGGAUAUGGAGCAGUUUGAGACCGAAGUGAAGAGCCUGCAAGCCAUGGUGAAGCAGGCCCAAGUUACACUGACCUCUCCUGAGCUCGCUCGUCUCUGCCUAAAGGAGCAACUCUUCCAAAGACAGAGGUUGCUGGCUGACAUGGAGGGCUUCAAGCAGAAGGUACAGGUCGUGCAGAAACUCCAGGCCGCCCUGCGCAUCCCGGAAGAAAUCGUCACCAACCUGCCCAUCUGCCAGACGGCGCUGAGGCUGCAGCAGGAAGCCAGUCGUCUGCAGCACACCGCCAUCCAGCAGUGCAACAUCCUGCAGGAGGCAGUGAUUCAGUAUGAACAGUAUGAGCAGGAGAUGAGGCACCUCCAGCAGCUGAUUGAAAGGGCGCACCGGGAGAUCCAGGAGAGGCCCGUGUCCACUAGCAACAUCCAGCAGCUGCAGGCCCAGAUCUCCAGGCACAAGGACUUCGCACAGAAGAUCAAGGGCUACCAGGAGCAAAUCGCGGCGCUCAACACCAAGUGCAAGAUGUUGACAAUGAAGGCGAAACACACCACCAUGUUGCUGACUGUGACCGAGGUGGAGGGGCUGGAGGAGCUGGACGGGGAGCCGCUGCACGCACACUCGGCCCACCCUUCCGUGGUCAUGAUGACAGCUGGGCGUUGUCACACCCUCCUCUCACCUGUCACGGAGGAGUCUGGGGAAGAGGGGACGAACAGCGAGCUUUCCUCCCCGACAGCCUGUCGCUCUCCCUCACCUGUGGCUAAUGCUGAUGUGUCUGUUAACCAGGAUAGUGCUUAUCACACAACAUUGUCUGCAGAAGAGUUGCAGACAGCAGCCUCUGAUGUGGAGAUCAUGAAUGGUGCUGCAUCUCCACAGGAACCCUCCGAGUCUUCGUUGGGAGACCAGGCCUCGUCCAAGCUCGAUGACCUUCAGCGAUCCUGGGAAACGCUGAAGAAUGUGAUCAGCGAAAAGCAGCGCACCCUUUACGAGGCGCUGGAACGGCAGCAGAAGUAUCAGGACUCCGUGCAGUCGGUGUCGACCAAGAUGGAGCUGAUCGAGGGGAAGCUCGGCGAGUCGCUCCUUGCGGGCGAGAGUCACGACCUCCAGAUGGCUGCACACCAGGGACUGAUGGAGGAGAUCGUGACGCUUCAGGACGAGAUUAACGAGCUGCAGGUCUGCUUUGCCGAAGAGCUGGUGUCGGACACGGUGGACGCCGACACCGCUGACCAGCUGGCCAUGCAAUCCACACUGACCGUCCUGGCCGAGAGAAUGGCCACCAUCAGGAUGAAAGCCUUGGGGAAGAAGCAGCUUCUGGAGGUUUGCGGGCUCUCGGUUUACUUUCUUGAAGGCUUGUGCUUUUUAGACAGAGCCGUGGACUGUGGACAGAGUGAGACACUUGGCAAAGUGGUCCUUCAGAAACAGCGGCAGAUCCAAGCCCUGCAAAUGUAUCGCAGUGAGGCCGAUGAGCUGGACAACUGGCUGCAGAUGACAAAGGCCGCACUGGACACUGCUCUUGAAGUCCCCGGAGAGCACAUGGACAUGGAGGAUCAGCUGACCGACUGUCAGGACAUACUGAUGCAGAUUGAGCGGAAAGUGGCCUCCGUGUCUGAGCUCUCCGUCAACAGCGAGAACCUGCUCAUUGAAGGGAAGCCCCAGACGCGGGAACAAGCCGAGCACCUGACGGACAAACUCCGCAACCUGAAGGGGAGCUUGGUGGAGCUGCAGAAACUGCUGCAGGACAAAAGGAUCGGAAUCAAAGAUGGUGUGGAUCAGGAGAAGGAGGAUAUGGAAAUGGAUUCCACGCUCCACGCAAGCCCCAAUUUCCAAGAAUGGCUGGUUCAAGCACGAGCCACUCGCUACCAAAACCAGCAGAACAGUCUGCAGAGACAGAAGGAGCUGGAACAGCAGCUUGCAGAGCAGAAGAAUCUGCUACGGUCGGUAGCAAGCAGUGGAGAGAAGAUCCUGACUCAGCAAAGCAGUGUGGAGGCUCUGGGUGAGGAGCAGAGAUCACAGGGCAGCGAGGCUGCCCAGCAGGGAUCUCUAUCGCAGGAGCUGGGUUUUGAGGGGGAGAAGGUCUUCGCGUUGCAGCAGCUGCGAAUGAAAUGGCAGAAUCUCCAUAAAGAGACCAGCAACAAGCAGAAGAUGUUCAAAAAUACACUGGAGCACCAGCAGGUGUAUGGAUUGGCUGGCGGGGUAUCGAGUGGAAUGGCUUUAUUCAAAGGGGAAUCUCAGACGUCGGACAAGUCCCUAGAAGCUGUCAAGUUCCUGAUGACUGACCUGAGCGAAGCUUUCAGAGAUCUUUCCUCGCAGGGUAAGGAUGCUGAGGAACAGAGUCUUGCUCUGGAGCAGAAGCUGUUUGAUGGUGCGUCAGCUGCCUGCCACUGGAUGGACAGUGUCGAAGAUCACAUCUUUACCAGCGUGAAUUUUCUCCUGGAAAAACUUGAAGCACACUUGAACCUCGAAGAGGGUCUUGCAAAAGAGGUCGAGGAGGUGAUUGAAGAAGUAACCGGGAAGAAGGAUGAGUUCUUCCUUGUUCUGCCCGAGACUAAAACGAACCAGGAUAUCAUUGAAGAAACGGUGAGGUGCCUCCAGGACAGGCUCGGCUCGUUAGGAUUAACCCUGAAGCAGCGCUGCGAGAGGCUCAGAGACAGACUGCAGCAGCUGAUGGAGUACCAAACUGAGUUGAAGCUGCUGGUCACCUCCAUGGCUGACAGUAAGUAUGUCGUCCUACAGAAGCUGACUGAAGCUAUGGAGCAUCCUGUCACAGAGCAACUGCAGGCUGUUUUGCAGGCAGAAGAUGAUCUCAGGGAGUUUGAGAUGCGAAUCAGCCGCUUAAAAGAGCGAUUGGAGGAACUGCAGCCAGACCCGACUAAACUUCUGGAUCUUUCGAAAGUGCAGGAUACGUAUGAAGAGUUGACGAUGAUUGUUGGCUCCAGGCGCAGCUCUUUAAACCAGAACCUGGCAUUGAGAGGUCAGUAUGAGCAAGCCCUGCAGGACUUGUCGGACCUGACCGACACAGGCCAAGAGAAGAUGGCACUGGACCAGCGGAUCCUGGUCACAUCCAGAGGAGAUGUCAAGAACUUGCUGGAUAAACACAAGGAAUUUUUCCAGGGACUCGAGUCUCACCGGAUUGUCACAGAAACACUCUAUAAAAAAGUAAGCAGCUGCCUCCACCAAAAGGAAACUAGCUCCCAGGAAGAACUGAUCAGCAAGUCCUUGGCCUUGCUGAAGGAUGCCCACAGGAGAGGUGUGGAAUUCGAGGGGACUUUGGAGACCUGGACCAAGCUGACGAAGGAUUAUGAGAACUUGUGCAAGCAACUGGAAGCAGUGGAGAGCAGUAUCCCUGGAGCUGGACUGGUCGAGGAGUCGGAGGAGCGACUAACAGAGCGGAUCGCUCUUUACCAGCGGUUGAAAGGCAUCCUGACUGAACACCAGCCACAGUUGUACCAAGUGCUGGAGGAUGGGAAGAAGCUCUUGACAUCCAUCAGCUGCACAGACCUGGAGGCUCAGCUGAACCAGCUGGGUGAACACUGGCUCUCCAGCACUGCCAGGGUCUGCAGGGAGCUGCAUCGGCUCGAAUCUGUCCUUAAACACUGGAGCAGGUACCAGACUGAGUUUGCUGAGUUGAAUCACUGGCUCCAGUCUGCCAUGGAGUGCCUGGAGUUCUGGAAACUGCAGUCAGUGACCCUCCCUCAAGAGUUGGACGCUGUCAGGGAUCAUCUGAGCUCAUUCCUGGAAUUUUCCAAGGAGGUCGACACAAAGUCUUCUCUUAAGUCCUCGGUACUGAGCAGAGGAAAUCAGCUGUUACGUCUGAAGAAAGUGGACACAGCAGCCUUGCGAUCUGGGCUGGCCCGGACUGACAGUCAGUGGACAGAACUCCUCACUCAAAUCCCACUGGUCCAGGAAAAAUUGCAUCAGCUUCAGAUGGAGAAGUUACCGUCUCGCACAGCGAUCAACGAGCUCAUGAACUGGAUCACCUUGAUGGAGCAAAUCAUUGAAGAGGACGAUGAGAAGAUCAAAAGUGCAGUGGGCUCACAAACGAUGGAACAAUACCUCAAGAAGUACAAGGCUUUCAAGAUCGAUUUGACCUGUAAGCAGUUGACCGUGGACUUUGUGAACCAGUCAGUUUUACAGAUCAGCAGUCAUGAUGUGGAGAGCAAGCGCAGCGAUAAGACCGAUUUUGCCGAGCGCCUUGGUGUGAUGAACAGGAGGUGGCAACUGCUUCAAGGGCUGAUCACUGAGCAGAUCAGGUCAUUAGAAGGCUCGUUGGAAUCAUGGACGGAGUAUGAGAAUAACAUGCAGAGCUUGAAAACUUGGUUUGAAACUCGGGAAGAGAGAAUCAAGAAGUGGAACUCCAUUGGUGACCUUGCCUCUGUCCAGACUGCUCUGAAGGAUUGCCGGGAACUGGAAAAUAUGGUCCAUGUGAAAGAAAAGGAAGUGGAGAAGGUUGAACAAAGUGGACUGCUCCUCAUCCAGAACAAGAAAGGCGAGGUCUCCAGCAGUGUCAUGGAUGCACUCCGAGAACUCAGUCAUUCCUGGACACGGCUGGAUCACCUGGUUGGACAACUCAGAGCCACGCUGCAGUCAAUGUUGGACCAGUGGAUUAGCUACAAGGGAGCACAUGAAGAGAUUAACGGGCAAUUGACGGAGGCCAACUACUCCCUUUCUCGUUUCCGCUUGCUAACUGGCUCUCUGGAAGCCGUGCAAAUUCAGGUGGACAACCUGCAGAACUUACAAGAGGAGCUUGAGAGGUCAGAAGGCAGCUUGGAGAAGUUUGGCUCAGCAACCACGCAGCUGUUAAAAGAGUGUUGCCCAUCCGUCCACAACUCUCUGACUUCAAGUCUGAAUGAGGUUACCGUCGGCUGGAAUAAUUUGCUUCAGGACGUGGUGGAGCAGCUCCGCAUGAGGAAGGGCCUGCUGCAGCUCUGGCAGAGGUACAGGGAGCAGUCGGGCCAGUGUUCAGUCACCCUGAGGCAGCAGGAGGAGGGGAGCACCGAGCUGAUUAAGAAAGCUGCAAACCGGGAUGUGGCAGAAGACGAGGUGACAAAAUGGAUUCAGGACUCCGAUGAACUGCUGGAGGAGUUGGGAACACUGCGGGAUUCCCUUCACGUUCUCUCGGAGCUCGGCGAGGAGUUGAGGCAGCAGGUGGAACCUUCAGCAGCAGCUGCUAUACAGUCUGAGCGGCUGUCCCUUGCUCAGCGACUGUCUUCUCUGGAGCAGGCACUCGACAGACAGCGGGCUGUGCUUCAGGCUGGCAUUCAGGACUAUGAGGCCUUCAGCAACAAACUGGAAGCCUUGGAGAUGUGGAUCGUGGAAGCUGAUGAGGUGCUGAAACUGCAGGAUCCCAACCGCUCGUCUGAUCUCACCAUAAUCCAGGACCGAAUGGAGGAGCUGAAAAUCCAGAUGCUGAGAUUCAGUAGUACAGUUCCCGACUUGGAUCGGCUGAAUGAGUUGGGGUACAGGUUGCCACUCAAUGACAAGGAGAUCAAGCGUAUGCAGACAUUGAACCGAUAUUGGUCCUCCAUUUCUGGCCAGACCACAGAGAGGUUCAGUAAAUUGCAGGCGUUCCUGCUUCAGCACCAGACUUUCCUGGAGAAAUGCGAGACCUGGAUGGAGUUCCUGGUCCAUACGGAGCAGAAGCUGGCAGUGGAGAUUUCUGGAAACUACCAGAAUCUUCUGGAACAGCAGAGAGCACACGAGCUGUUCCAAGCAGAGAUGUUCAGUCGGCAGCAGAUCCUGCAUUCCAUCAUCAGCGACGGCCAGCAUCUUCUCGAGCAGGGCCAGAUUGACGACAGGGAUGAGUUUAACUCCAAGCUGGCCAUGCUGAGUAACCAGUGGCAGGGAGUCAUCCGUCGUGCGCAGCAGCGGAGGGGAAUCAUCGACAGCCAGAUCCGGCAGUGGCAGCGCUACCGGGAGAUGGCGGAGAAGCUGAGGAAGUGGCUGUCGGACGUGUCGCAGCAGCUGGAGCGGCAGUGGAGCAGCGCGGCUCCCGUCGCCCUGCAGCAAGCCCGGGCUCUGCUCGACGAGGUUCAGUUGAAGGAGAAGGUGCUGCAGCGGCAGCAGGGGAGCUACAUCCUGACGGUGGAGGCUGGGAAGCAGCUCCUGCUCUCAGCAGACAGCGGGGCGGAGGCGGCCCUGCAGGCCGAGCUCACCAACAUCCAGGAGCAAUGGAGGGCCGCCAACAUCAGUCUGGACGACCAGAGGAAGCAGCUCAGCAUCUUGUUACGGGACUGGGAGCGAUGCGAGAGAGGAAUGGCUGAGUCUCUGGACAAGCUGAGGUCCUUCAAGAAAAAGCUGUCCCUGCCACUGCCUGACCAUCACGAUGAGCUGCACUCGGAACAGAUCAGAUGCAUGGAACUGGAAAGCUCCUUUGGAGGGUGGACUGAUGACCUUGCCCACCUCUCCUUUCUGAAGGAGACCUUGUCCAGCUACAUCCGUGCUGACGACAUCUCGGUCUUGCAGGAGCGCAUCGAACUGCUGCACAGGCAGUGGGAUGAGCUGUGCUACCAGGUCUCGUCGCGCAGACAGCUGGUGACGGAGAAGCUCAACGAGUGGGCACUGUUUAAUGAGAAGAACAAGGAGCUGUGCGAGUGGUUGACUCAAAUGGAGAGCAAAGUGACGCAGAACGGGGACAUCAGCAUCGAGGAGACGAUCGACAAACUGCAGAAGGAUUAUCAGGAGGAGGUCACAGCAGCAGCAGAGAACAAGGUGCAGCUGCAACAGAUGGGCCAGAGACUGGUCCGAGCAAGUCACGAGAACAAAGCGACCGAGAUAGAAUAUAAACUGGGCAAGAUUGAUGACCGGUGGCAGCAUCUGCUGGACCUCAUCGGCGCCAGAGUGAAGAAGCUGAAGGAAACGCUGGUUGCCGUGCAACAGCUGGAUAAGAACAUGAGCAGCUUGCGGUCGUGGCUUGCCCAGAUCGAAACCGAGCUGUCGAGGCCAAUAGUCUACGAGUCUUGUGAUUCUCAUGAAAUACAACAGAAGCUCACAGAGCAACAGGAGCUGCAGCGAGACAUUGAGAAGCACAGCACGGGUGUGGCGUCGGUGCUCAACCUGUGCGAGGUCCUGCUGCACGACUGCGAUGCCUGCUCCACGGAGACGGAGUGCGACUCGAUUCAGCAGGCCACCCGCAACCUGGACCGCCGCUGGAGGAACAUCUGUGCCAUGUCCAUGGAAAGGAGACUCAAGAUUGAGGAGACCUGGAGGUUGUGGCAGAAGUUCCUGGAUGACUAUACCCGCUUCGAGGACUGGCUGGAAACGUCUGAGCGUACCGCGGCCAUGCCCAACUCCUCCGCGGUUCUCUACACGGUGGCCAAAGAGGAACUCAAGAAAUUUGAGGCUUUCCAGCGGCAGGUGCAUGAGAGCCUGACCCAGCUGGAGCUGAUCAACAAGCAGUAUCGCCGCCUGGCCCGUGAAAACCGUACCGACUCCGGCAGCAGGCUCAAACAGAUGGUGCACGAGGGCAACCAGCGAUGGGACAACCUGCAGCGCAGGGUCACCGCCAUCCUCAGGCGAUUAAAAUACUUUAUUGGUCAGCGUGAGGAGUUUGAAACGACGCGGGAGGGCAUAUUGGUCUGGCUGACAGAGAUGGACCUACAGCUGACAAACAUCGAACAUUUCUCCGAAUGUGAUGUACAAGCCAAGAUCAAGCAGCUGAAGGCCUUCCAGCAGGAAAUCGCGCUGUACAAGUCCAAAAUUGAGUCCCUCUUCCAUCAAGGGGAGCAGCUGAUUGAGAAGAGCGAACCCAUGGACGCCAUGGUCAUCGAAGAGGAGCUGGAGGAACUGCGGCGCUACUGUCAGGAGGUCUUUGGUCGAGUGGAACGUUACUACAAGAAGCUGAUGCAACUCCCGCUGACGGACGAUGACCAGGACGCGUCUGAUCGGGAGGUGGAGCUGGACGACAGCUGCGAUUUCUCCGGCAUGCACUGGUUUGACGGGACGGCCGAGCGGCUGGGCUCCACGCCGCUGUCGCUGAGCCAGACGGCGAGCUCGCAGCAGGCCCGGGGCACCCGCUCUGGCUGCGACACUCCGGCCAGCGUCGACUCCAUCCCCCUGGAGUGGGACCACGACUACGACCUGAGCCGCAACCUGGAGAGCGCCGUGUCGAGGGCGCUGGAGGGCCGCGGGGAGGAGGGCGAUGACCACGACCCAGAAUUCUACCUCAAGGGGGCAGCUGAACUCGCAGAUGUAGUGAUUCCUGAAAGCCCAGAGGCCUAUCUAAAACUGACUGAAAGUACUUUGAGAUCCACUGCAGGGGAGCACGGCCAGUUGGAAACUCAGAUCCGGCAGCUGGACAAAGCCCUGGACACCAGCCGAUACCACCUGCAGCAGACGGAGAACGUCAUCCGCAGCAAAACGCCCACGGGUCCCGAACUGGACUCCAGCUACUGGGGCUAUAUGAAACUCUUGUCGGAAUGCCGUGGGAGCAUCGAGACGGUGAAAAGGGUAGGGCAUAAACUCAAAGAGGAGGAAGAUAAGCUCUCCGGCUUCAUCAACCUAACAAGUACAGAGACGCAGACUUCUGGUGUGAUCGAACGCUGGGAGCUGAUCCAGGCCCAGGCUCUCAACAAGGAGCUCAGAAUGAAGCAGAACCUGCAGCAGUGGCAGCAGUUCAACUCUGACCUGCUCAGUGUGUGGGAGUGGCUGAGUGAGAGCGAGGAAGAGCUGGAGCACCUCAGCAGGCUGGACAACAGCACCGACAUCCAGACCAUCGAGCUGCGGAUCAAAAAGCUCAAGGAGCUACAAAAGGCGGUCGAUAAUCGGAAAGCCAUCAUCUUGUCCGUCAACCUGUGCAGUGCUGAGUUCACGCAGUCGGACUCCAGCGACACGGAGGAGCUGCGGGAACGCCUGAGCCAAAUGAACAAGCGGUGGGACCGAGUCAGCGGCCUGCUGGAGCAGUGGCGUCGCACUCUGCAAGAUGCCCUCAUGCAGUGCCACGAUUUCCAUGAGAUGAGCCAUGGUCUACUGCUCUGGCUGGAGAACAUAGACAGGAGGCGGAAUGAAAUCCUACCCAUUGAUCCUAAUCUGGAUCAGGACACCCUACAGGACCAUCACAAGACCCUGAUGCAAAUCAGACGGGAGCUGCUGGAGUCGCAGCUGAAGGUGGCCUCUCUGCAGGACAUGUCCAGCCAGCUGCUGGUCAACGCAGAGGGCAGGGACUGCCUCGAAGCGAAGGAGAAGGUCCACGUCAUCGGCAACCGCCUCAAGCUGCUCCUGAAGGAAGUCACGCAAGACCUGAAGGAGCUCGAGAGACUCCUGGACAACGGUGGCAGUCAAGUGGACCUGGUGUCGUGGUCUUCGGCAGAUGACUUGGACACAUCCGGCUCCAUCAGCCCAGUGUCUGGUGCCAGCCUUUCUGCUCGAUCCAGAUCGCCACGAGGCAUUUGUAGCCUCUCCCAGCCUGGAGCCUCAGUCAGCAGCCCAUAUAUCAGGUCCAGCACAGGAAACCAAGGAGGUUCUUUCCGUUCUGAGGAGCAGAGAGCCCAGAAGAGUCCUUCCUUCCUACUACGAGUGCUCAGGGCGGCGUUGCCCCUCCAGCUCCUGUUGCUGCUGUUGGUGGCACUGGCCUGCCUGGUGCCCAUGAACGAGGAAGAUUACAGCUGCACCAUGUCCAACAACUUUGCUCGCUCCUUCCACCCCAUGCUGAGGUACACCAACGGCCCUCCUCCCAUAUGAUUCCCAAGAGCACGAGCGAGGACGGAAUCAUGCAAGGAGGAGGGGGUUGGGGAGGGAAGGGGGAGAUGCGCAGAGCUCUGGCUCGGGCCAUUAGCCCUUCAAGACCUCUCUGGGGGAGAUGGCUGCCAUCCAGCAUCGGGCCGGACGCAAGACGGCCGUUCCCAGUCGCCUGGCUCCAGAUUCAGUACGACCUGUAAUAUCAACUUUAAAUAUCUUUUCCAUGUUCUUUUUAAAAGAAAAACAUUUGCUUUAGGAAUGAACACACAUAAAAAGAGCUGUUAAGAUUAACCUUUUAAAAGUCAGUGUAAAUGUUAUGACUCUGACGGGGACUGAGCAGAGUAGAGGCAGAACUUAAAACUACUUCUGACGAAAAUUGGAUGUAAACUAAAAUCAAAGACAUUAUUUAUGUACAGUUUGCUAAAGCUAUUAUCGUCCGUGUUAUAACUCAUGCUGAAUGAAUUACCUGUGUGCUGCUUGCAACUUCUCUCCAAUGCUUCCACAGACUGAAUUUACUAGUUUUUGUUGGGGCAUGGAUGUGUACAUAACAUUAUAAAUAUAAAUCUAGCCAUGAACAUCCCAUCUCUUGCCCUCGCAGCUGGCGUUUGAAGCAAUCCCGGCAUGAAUCAGGAGCUGAUUUAACCUCUGCAAGACCCCUCUUGAGUAGUGUCACACCUUUUAAACUGCUGUUAGUGUCUGAUCGUGGCAUGCUCAGAUGGUGGUAAAUCUGCAGUGAAUUUUUCUAUAUGAAAGGCAGCCUUGCCGACCGAAGAGUAACAAUAUGAAAGCUGGUUCUUUUGGUGUACAGUGGAAAACUGGGUUGCUAAUUAAAGAUCUACUUCUUUCACAA